AUGGCAACAAAACGUAAACUUCCUGAUAAUCCAAAUUCUGAAUUAGUCGAUUUUCUUCAUGAAUUAGCUGAUUAUGAAAAAAAUGUCUCCCGAUUGAUACAUAAAUAUAAUGCUUAUCGAAAAGCAGCUAGUUCAAUUGCUAAAAUUGAUCAUAAAAUUGAAACAAUAAAAGAUAUUAAAGGAAUAGAAGGUAUAGGCAAAAAAAUUGAAGCAAAAAUUGAACAAUAUUUAUCAACUGGAAAAAUAAAAAAAUUAGAAACUAAUCGAGGUGAUGAAACUGGUGCAGCUAUUAAUCAAAUGACACGUAUUAUGGGUAUUGGUCCUGCACAUGCCAAUAAACUUGUUCAUCAAGAAAAAAUCAAAUCUAUUGAUGAAUUACGAUCACAUCCAAAACGUGAUCAAUUAUUAAAUAAAACUCAACAACUUGGUUUAAAAUAUCUUGAAGAAUUUGAACAAAAAAUUCUUCGAGAUGAAAUGAAACAAAUGGAGACAAUACUUUUACGUGAGAUCAAUGCAAUUGAUGAUCAAUUAAAAGCAGAAAUUGUCGGUAGUUAUCGACGAGGUGCUGCUGCAAGUUCAGACAUCGAUGUAUUAGUUACACAUCCAACAGCAACUAUAUUACCUUCAUUACUUCAUAAAAUAGUUGAUACAUUAACAAAAAAAGUUCAUUUCAUAACUGAUACUAUUUCUAUUGGAGAUUCAAAAUUUAUGGGUGUUUGUCAAAUGAAUGCAAGUAAAUUACAUCGUCGUAUUGAUAUACGAGUAUUUCCGAGUGAACAAUAUUAUUGUGCAUUACUUUAUUUUACUGGAAAUGAUCUACUUAAUCGUCAAAUGCGUAUUGUUGCACAAGAACAAGGUUAUAAAUUAAAUGAAUAUUCAAUUCAAAAAGUUGGAUCAACCGGUGUAUUAAGUAAACCAUUACCAGUUACAUCUGAAAAAGAUGUUUUUGAUUAUCUUCAAAUGGAUUAUAAAGAACCUAAUCAACGUAAUAUGUAA